GUUUUCGUUUCAGUUUUUGCAGAAGACAAACGCACAAAUCCAAAAUAAAUACAGAAAUAAAUACAAAUCGUAAUGUUCCAAGUUUAUUCGUGACCUGCGCUUAUUAUUUUGCUUUGUUCGACUUCAUUGAAAAGAUUUCUACGAUUUUGGCAAAAAUAUCACAAUGAUGGUCAAUGUAUUCGAUAGAAUUCUAUAGUUUUGUAUGACCACAUGAUUCUGGACAUUCAUACUUUCGGAUGUACAAGCGAAAGCUAGUUUUUACUUUAAGUAAGAAGGUCUACAUAUUAUUUAAGGUUGAACCAGUUCAGCUGUCACAAAACUUACCAUGGAAAUAGAUGUAGUCACAUUUUUGUCUCAAUUCAAAGCCUUGUGCUCUGAAGUAACAAAAGAUCCUUCUACCACCACCUGGUCUGUUAGUGUGGACAGCUGUGUCAAACACUGUGACCAGUCACUACCAUUACCAGAGGCAACAAAACCAGAACACAACAAAGUUUUAAGCGAAUUGGAAGGCCUUGCAGUGGAGUUAUGGAACUACUCUGUUGCAAUAAAGACCAAGGGUGCAGUCACAAAUUCUUCAAAUGCAAAAAUUCGCUAUGUAGCCUUUUUGGUCCUUGAAUGUUGUGGACAGAAGGAUAACAGUGACCACAAUGGUAAACGUCUCAUUAUGUUAACAGACCAUAUGUUAAGAAAACAAGCCCCUUCCCAAAUGAACAAUGAAAGGCCAACAGAAAAGUUUAUUAAAGAACAUAAGAUGGGGCUUAAAAGUGGAAGGGCCUGGUUAGAUGCAGGUCAACCAGAUUUGGCAGAGAAAGUGUUCAGCAAGACUGAAAAGUGCCUUAAAAGUAUACAGAAAAGUGUGAUUGAGAGAAAACUUGCUACAGGAGAAAGUGGCUUCAGUGAAACGUUGGAGAGACAGAAACUAGAACUAGAACAAGAUCUCUUCACCCUGUCCUGUUACAGGGCAGAAACUCUUGUGGCCCUCUGCCAGCCAGAUGAUGCCCUACAGUACAUGAUGACAGCAAAAGAUCUCUUACCCAAGUUUCCAAAGCAGGCAGGCUUCCUGUGCAUGCUGUGCUACAACACUGGCGUGGAGCUGUACAGACAGAAACUCUUCUGUCAGACCAUCAUUUGGCUGAGAGAGAGCUAUGAGCUGGGCAAGAACAUGAACACCAUUGGACCUCGCAACCAGGCAAGAACAUUGAGGCUGCUGGCAAACGUGUACUUGGACCACAAUCCAGAAGAGAAUGUGCAAAAUGCAUUGAAUGCUGUCAGUUUGGCUAACACUGAGCACAGUCAUCCUGCAGGCAUUUACCUGAAGCUGAAGAUCCUCAUGUUGGAGAAUGCUGACAAUGAUGUUAUCAAGAGAUGCAUGGGAGAGCUACUGAAGGUUCCAGAGCUCACAGUGGACCUCAGCCUGCAUACACUGCAGCUGGUUAACAAGCCAGACAGAUUGGAGCUAGUCAUGUGGUUGAUAGAGGAACUGCUGCGGCGGUUUGAGCACUCCCCAGACCUGGGUCGGCUCAUGGUCACCAACACAGAGGUCCUCCUGGAGGCUGGCAUGCACAAGGAGGUCAAAGAGUUUCUCGAGUUUUGUAUCAAUGCUCAUCACAAGGGGAAAACCCUGGACUUUGCAGUGAAGAAGCAGUUUCACAUUAUUUUCUGGGAGCAAGCUGCAAUUGCAUUUGAGACGGAGGAUUUCCAGUCCUCCCUGGAGUGGUACAACUUCUCCUUGGCACUGUAUGGACAGUCCAACCCUGGGGAUCUCACUCUGGCCAAGCUCCAGAGGAACAGGGCUAACUGCUAUAUAGCGCUAAAAGCAUGGGAUAAGGCUAACACAGCCAUCACAGAGUCUCUCAAGUGUGACCCCAACUGUCGUCAGACCCAGUUCAUACUGUUCUCCCUAGCAUUGCAGGAAAAUGCAACAGACAAAGCCUGUGAAGCCCUUAGGAAGCUGUGCAGUUUGUCGGCAGUGCCCACCAGUGCUGGGGACGCCACCAGUGACAGCUCUGGUCUGGUUGCAUUGGCUGCACAACAGGCCCUUGAUUGUGAGCGUGUGGACACAGCCUGUGUGGCUUUGGAGCACCUUGUGGCUGGUGGUACGGACCCUGUACAGGUGCUGAAGGCUCUACGCUGCCUGGUCAGGCUCAAACUUACCAACGCUGAACAGGAGGAACCUGGCAAAAAUGAUCUUGCUGAAAUUAGCAGCUAUAUCAGUAAAGGUUAUGAGAAGCUUGCAGCCGUGCGAGACAUGAAACCAGUCAACGAGCAACUUCUCCAGACUGAGGCAGACUGGUUCAUGAAGAUUGCCUGGAACCUGGCUUUACAGUGCGAGGACAAACCAGAACAUAUGAAGGAGCUAUACACCAUGUGUUCAAAGUUGCUAACGCUGGGUGUACAGGAUGAGAACAGCAAGGGACGCCAGAUGACCUGUCUGCUCAUGUCAGCCGCUGCCUGUUUGCAGGUGGCAAGAACUUCUGGGGACAAUGAACUCAGGAGAACAUUUCUAGAAGACUGCUUGCAGUGUGUGUCCUCCUGUCGUCAGUUAAGCAUCAAGCUUAAUGAUCACUCUAUAGGGAAUGGAGAGUCCAAGAAGAAGGAGACAGACAUUCUUCUGUUGCUGUAUGAGUUUGAGGCUCGAGUCCACCUGAAAGAUUCGGGCGUCGAAGCUGUCUUAGAAAAGGCUCUCACUGUAUCUGGAUCAGACAUGAAAACAUUUGAAACCCUCGCUGCAAUUGCCCUGGAGCCCCCAACCCACAACAGAAGUGUGGCUGUGCGAGUGUUAAGAGUCGCCAUCAGGAAGCAUCUCCAGGCUACCACACCUGACAUAAACAAGUGCAGUAAGCUGUUUCACAGCCUGAUACAGCUGUGUCUCAGUGGGGGAGGCAAUCAGGAUCUGGCAGGCAAGGAGGAGGCCUGGAACUACUAUGGAGAGGUGCUGGACCUUGUGAACAAGGCAGACAAGGGGGUUUAUCCUGAGAUGGAAAUAGUCUGGUUGAUGACAAAAGCAUGGAACUGUGGAAUCAAUUUCUACAGCCACAGUCGAUACUCGGACGCGGAGAAGUGGUGUGGAUUGAGUAUGAGGAUGUUGAAGUACCUGGAUACCUUCAAAGACAACUACCAGGAUCAUAUGAGCAAUGUGUAUGCAGACAUCCUGGCUAAAGUCUCACCUGCGGAAACCCCUGGUGCUGCCAUAAUGGCGUAGGGUUUCAAUCGCACUGUUACUUUGUUUCAAUGUGUGGUAACGAGUUAUAAAGAAUUUGUUAAACCUACUUAUUCAGCUUUAAAAUUAAUUUGUAUAUUUCUUUUAUUACCAUUAUUUUCUGUAAUAUAUCUACCGCUGGAAAUGCCUAUACAGUGACAGAAAGCGACUGCUUGAUUUUGGUCCAUAUCAGUUAAUUUAUUGCUUAUUGUUGAAAAUGAUUUUGAAAGUGUUACAUUAGCAAUUAUUUUAGAGUAUUGUAACAAAAAGGAUAAAUUGUAGUCUUAUAAAAAAAGUAGUAAAAGGUUUAAGUAAUAGUUUUAAUUGUAUAAUUAUGAAUAAAGUAAAUUGACUGUUCAAUUGUUUACUUGUUUGGAUUAGUGUAUAAUAAAUUGUUAAAUGUG